AAGAUGAAAACCAGCGGAAUUUUGUGUUUUCUUCUGCUCUCAAUUGGAGUGUUUCAAGUGAAAAGCAAUCCUUUCAGUAUCUUUGAAAGACUACAUCACGAACCGCCGUUGCCUGAACCUAAACUUGAUACUAAAGUGGUGAACACAAGAUGGAUUGAGCAGAAACUGGAUCACUUCGAUGACUCCAACACUGUUACGUUUCAAAUGCGAUACAUGGAGAAUGCGGAGUUUUAUCAAGAAGGAGGACCGAUUUUUAUCUUCGUCGGCGGAGAAUACACUAUUCAGGAAGGAUGGCUCCUUGGCGGCCACAUGUUCGACAUGGCGAGGGAGUUGAACGGAUAUAUUUUCUACACUGAGCACAGAUUCUACGGCGAAACUCGCCCAACUCCCGAUUUAUCCUUCGAGAAUCUUCAGUAUCUCACCGUCGAUCAGGCUCUGGAGGACAUGGCGCACUUUAUCCGCGUGAAGAAGCAGGAAAUUCCCGGAGCCUCGAGUUCAGGAGUAAUUCUCGUUGGUGGAUCUUAUCCAGGCACAAUCGCGACUUGGAUGAGACAAAGAUAUCCGGAAUUAGUCAACGGCGCGUGGUCGUCAAGCGGACCUCUUCUGGCAAAGACAGACUUCUACGAAUACAUCGAAACUGUGGGCCAAUCGCUGAGAUUAGUGGGUGGCGAAGCGUGUUACAACAGAAUUUACGGCGCCUUCGCGGAGAUGGAACGAUUAGUUGAAGUGGGAGACUUUGAAACUCUCUCACAGACAUUGAACUUGUGCAACACUUUGCCCAACAACCAACUGGAUAUUUGGUACUUCUUCAACACCCUCACGAACAUCAUGUCUUGGGUGGUUCAGGACAACUGGCCAGGAUACAUUGAAGGCGCCUGCGAUAUUAUUAUGGCCGGGGAAACUGACAUUGACGGUUAUGCUGAUUUCGUGAGCUUCUAUUUGUUGGGCUCUUGCAUCAAUGUGAACUUCGACCUCUUCGUUCAAUUCUACAGCGAGACUUCGUGGACCGGCGGACCUGAAUAUAUGCGACAAUGGCUGUUCCAGACUUGCAACGAAUUCGGCUGGUAUCAAACCUCAGGAUCUGACAAUCAACCAUUUGGAUCAAGCUUCCCAGUUGAAUUUAUGCUUCAAUGGUGUCACGAUAUCUAUGACGAAUCCUUCAAUCCCGAUGCUGUGCAUCAGAAUAUCAACGUUACAAACCAGAACAACAACGGACUGAAUCCGAUCAUCACGAACGUGUAUUCGACGCACGGACAAUUGGAUCCUUGGCGGCCGAUGGGCGUUCAAACCGACGUCAAUUCCUUCGCGCCAACAGUCGUCAUUCCAAUGGCUUCGCAUUGCGCAGAUUUGUACUCAAUCAGCGACGACGACAGCCCAGAAAUGCUGGCCAGCAAACUGAGAAUCGCUUCUCUCGUGCGACAGUGGCUGAUGAUAUUUUAACUCAAUUUGUCAACUGAAUAGUCGAUCGAUAAGAAUAAAUGAGUAAUAAAAGGUAGAUAAAAGAAAACAACGUCUU